CCCACGACGUCAGAGGCCAAUGGCGGCGGCGGCGCUGGAACCCUGGCAGUGUGUCGCUCCGCGAAGAAGGCGCUCUGCGGCUCGGCGUCCGCGGCCCCAGGAAGCGGUGGCGGCCCCGAGCCCGGAGGCGGAGCCGGAGCUGGACUGUGGAGUCGUGCUUCGUCGCAUCCGGGAGACCGAGGCAGACCUGCUUAUUUCCGAUUUCUGGAGUUUGGCAUUAGAAACCAUCAACAAGUGUCUUGUGAAACACUUGGAGCAACUGACUGCCCCUGUGGGGGCUCUUUCAGAAGCCACUGGAGAGCUGCACCUCAACUCGUCACCGGGUGAGUCAGAUGUGGCCCCCGGCUCCACCCCAGGAGAGACCCAGGUCACGGGGACCUGCAACUGGAAGUGUGUGUGUUACGGCAUUGGGAACUUUGCCACCUGCGUCAUAGCUCGAAACCAGCUGACAUUUUUGCUUCUCUUCCUGGAAAAAUGCCAGAUUCCCAGAAGUCACUGCUGGGUAUAUGACCCUCUGUUUAGCCAACUUGAAAUCGCAGUUCUCAACACCCUUGGGGUGAUUGUCCUCAGGGAGAACGAGGAAGGGAAGCGGCGCGUGCGCGGGGCGCCCACCAUCUUCUACAUGCCGCACUGUGGCACGGCGCUGUACAACAACCUCCUGUGGAGCAACUGGUCGGUGGACGCCCUCUCCAAGGUGGUCAUCGUCGGGAACAGUUUCAGAGGGCUCGGGGAGAGGUUGUUGACAAGGAUUCUUCGGGAACACUACACCUAUGUUGCGAAGAUCCUAGAGGGACUGGAGGAGCACGCGUUCCCUCAGACUCCGCGGUACACAGACACAUUUAACGACACCUCUGUCCACUGGUUCCCCGUCCAAAAGCUCACCCAGCUCUCCAUGGACACCUGGGCGUUUCAGGAAGAGCCAGAUUAUCAGGGCUGUGAAGACCUUGAAAUCAUCAGGAACACCACACAAGAUCCUCCUGCCACUGACUCGAACUUGCUGUAACGUACUCAGUGUCGGCUGAGGCAGAAGCAGCUGCUGCCAGAAAAUAAAAGGGAGGGCGCCAUGGUGGGGCUGCAGAGGACCCUCUCUGCUGUGAGCCACUUUGGGAGGGAACAGAAAGCCCCUCCACUGGGCUGCUGUGUGCAGAGCACGGCACACUGCAGAGGGACUUGGUAAGACGGCGUCACCGUGUUUCACAGCCCUCCUCAGCGACCUGGCCUGAUGGGGGCACCAGUGAGUAGAGAAGCCCUCUUUCCAAGGUGGUGUAAAGUACUGUUUAUUCACAGACGAGCCCCUCUGGGGCGCGGGGGUCCUGCCGCAGCCUACUUGGCCAUGUCGAUCAGGCUCUGCAGCGAGGUGGGCACCCAUGUCUUCUCGCCCUGGACAAACACCACACCCCGGUCGAUGUAGAUGACGAUGCGGCCGAAGGUGUACAGCUGCUUCCCUUCAUGUCGCUUCCCGAUGACAGGCAUGAACACGAUGUUGUGCUCCUCGGCCUUGGUCUCAAUGAGAUCCUUAAAGUUCAUGGGCACGGAGCUGGCGGCCACGCCGAUGCCCCUCUGGGCCAUGUUCUCGGCCUCCCGUCGCUCCUGCAUGGCCUCAUACUGGAAGUCCUUCCUCCGCUCCGUGUGAGUGAGGUAGGCGAUGUUCUCCCGUGCUCCAGGCUGCAUGUAGGCGCCUGGGAGAGAUGGAGGCAGCAGGUGAGGGGGUGUCCCAGCACACACAGAAUCUAGGCCACAACUGGGCGAACCUCUGUAAAACCUGUCACCAAAGGGUAGCUGUGCCUCAAGUUCACAAAGCACUAAGACAGACGAUCAAGCACCUAGACACUUGGCUAGAAUCACACAAAAAUGGGUCUGGAAGCUUCUGGCUAAUGAUACCUACUGGCCAGAGAGUUUCUGUUCCCGCCUCACUGCCAAAAAGGGAGCCUGCAGAACCUUGAAGACCUCGGGCCUGUACUAGGCGUGUGUGUAACUCACCACACAGGCCCCUGGGCCUGGAGGAAUUUAAAGUGUAUGUGGGGAGCUGGAGCCCAGAUGUCGAAGGACAGAGAAGGACCAUGUGGCCAGUACCAGCUGAGGGCUGCAGGUGGGGAGCUGGGGAGGCUGCAGGACUGUCUACAGGGCAUGAAAACAGCCCACUGAUACCCUCUGAAGGGCCUAGAUAAAGAUUAAAAACAUUUACUUCAUUCAGCACAAUAUUAAAUAACCUAUGAAUUCCAAAGCCAUUUUUGUGUAAUAAAGGCUCAUGAAACAGAAACUCCA